CUGUAAUCACUCAAAAUGAACUUUACUAAUAUGUUAAGCAAAAUAGCAGAGACAGUUCUUAUGAUUCUUUAUGCUAUUUCAGGAGUUUAUAGGUUAUCCCUGCCUUUCCUACAAAUGUGGAUUCUUUAUUACUUUCGAAUAUUGGAGAUUAAAUCAGAAAACAUUCAACAAACUUGAUCUAUUGAUAAAUAUUUUGCUGAAGAACAAUUAAUGACUAAGAAUACUGUACAGAGUAGCUACCCCGGUAAGAACUUUGUGAGUGAGCAAACUAAACUGAAGGAUGAGAAAUUUGAACUUUGGCAAGUUGUUUCAACUCUGAUGAUCUGAGUAAUGUAUCUUCUAUUCUUAAAAUUUUGUAGAAAUAUCUCAGUGUGGUAUGAUGUGAAGUUUUGAAAAUUUAUAUUCACUAUAUUUUAUUUUAUUAAAAGCAUUGAAUUUUGUUUGAUCAUUUCAAGAAAUUUUAAGAACGAAUCUAAUGUUUCUUCUGAUACCUUCUGAUUUCCUAAUUUAAUCGCUCAGACUCUUUAUGGAAUCCUGUUUCAUUACCAAAGGGACAAGCCUUAUGGUCUAAUGUUGAGAUUGUUUCAAGGAUCAGCCACUAUUUUUAUUGACAUGGUGCUCCUUAUGACAAGUGUAUAUUGGCUACAUCUUGUCUCUUAUUUAUACAAGAAUUUCGAUUUUGUUGUAGGCUUCCUUUUUUUCUGGGUUUCCUUUAACCUUUACAUCGAAUUGAUAUAUGCAAGAAUAGAUGGAAAUCAAAUGAUUAAACCACUGGUUAUAGAAUUUAUUGCAGUGCUUUUGCUUUCUUGAGAGUUUAUAAUCUAUUUGAAUUAUUUUGAGCUCCUUGAAAAUAAUAGUUCUUCACAUGACGGAAUUAAUUAUUCUUCUUUAUUUGUGUCUGUAGAGAUAUUGACCAUUGCAAGUUAUAUUUAUCAUAAAACAAAUAAUUUAUGCGAAUCUACUCUGAAUGGGCCUCAAAAUUAUGAUAAUUACUCUUGUAAUCUUUUAAAAGACUUUACCCUACUCCAAAUUGAGAAAAAUCUAGUUCCAGAUUGAAACUACUGUCUGAAUAGUUUAUCCCAAGCAUGUAUUGACAACAAGUCUUCUUUUAACAAUAUCUUCUUUAAUGAAUCUCCGAAAUAUUCCUUAUCCAUGGCAACAACAUAUAUCAAAACGUAUUGUGGCCAUGUUUACCAUCCUACUUGUUUCUUGACUAUCAGAAACUCGACUCACAGGUGUCCUAUAUGCGAGAGCUACAUUCAUGAUGGAUUUUUAUGUUAAGAAUAUUGGAAGUUAAAACAGAGC